UGAUCAUUUUUGACUCUGUUGUUGAACUAUUUCAGGGUUUUAUGCUAUCUAUCUUCUUCCUGUGCACGAUCGAGAUGCUUGUCCGAUUUGAUUUCCGUUCUCUCUUCUUCCCUAAACUCCCCGUCCGUUUUCUCCGCUUCUUCUGCUCUUCACAACUCCAGCAAACGCCGCCGGAACUUCCGCAAUUCGAACCCUCAAACGACGCCGACUUAAUCUCUCAGCUACUCCUCCAACACCACAAUCCAUUUCACGCCAUGGAAUCUUCUCUUCAGCUCCAUGGCAUUUCCUUCACCCCUUUUCUUGUUCAUCAAACUCUCAUCCGACUCAAAAACUGUUCUAAAGUCGCCCUUUCCUUCUUUCACUACUCCCAAUCGCAACCCAAUUCCGACACCUCCACCACCACUGCUUUCAAUCUCCUCAUCGACAUUUUAUGCAAAGUCCGCCAGUUUGAUGUUGCAUGGCAGCUUAUUAUUCAAAUGGACCAGAAAUCUGUAAAAACUGAUUUCACUACUUUUUAUGUGUUGAUCCGUAGGCUUAUCUCUGCUGGCUUUACCCGCCAAGCUAUUCGGACUUUCAGUGAAAUGCAUGUAUUUCUUGAUCAAUACGGUGAAGAUGAAGUAUGGAAAUUGUAUUUUAGUUAUCUUCUUGAUACUCUUUGUAAAUAUGGAUAUGCUAAGGUGGCUACUGAAGUUUUUAAUAAAGAGAAAUGGAGAUUGGAGCUCAACUGUAAAGUUUAUACUAUUCUGAUUUAUGGUUGGUGUAAAGUGAAGAAUGUAGAGAUGGCUAGGAGGUUUCUUGGGGAGAUGAUGGAUAAGGGUAUUGAUCCAAACGUGGUAAGUUACAAUGUUUUAUUGAAUGGAAUUUGUAGGAGAGCGAGUUUGCAUCCGGAUGGCAGAUUUGACAAGGUAAUCAGGGAAGCAGAGAAGGUGUUUGAAGAAAUGACUGAAAGAGGUGUGGAGCCAGAUGGAACCAGCUAUUCCAUACUCCUCCAUGUCUAUAGCCGGGCUCAUAAGCCUGAGUUAUCACUUGAGAAAUUAAGGAUUAUGAAACGCAAAGGGAUAUGCCCGAAUAUUGUGACAUAUACCUCAGUUAUCAAGUGUCUCUGCACUUGUGGUAGGAUUGAAGAUGCAGAACUGUUACUCGAGCAAAUGGUUUCUAAUGGGGUGACUCCCACAUCCACCACUUACAAUUGUUUCUUUAAAGAAUUCAAAGGGAGGAAGGAUGUCGAUGGUGCUUUGAGGUUGUACGGGAAAAUGAAGCAGGGCUCCCUCUGCUCACCUAGCGUGAGUACAUUCAACAUCUUGUUGGGGAUGUUACUGAAAUUAGGUCGAAUAGGGAUGGCAAGAGAUAUUUGGGACGAUAUGAAGGAUUCUGGAGCAGGGCCUGAUUUGGAUUCAUAUACAUUGUUGAUUCAUGGAUUUUGUGAGAAACAAAAAUGGAAAACAGCCUGUGAAUUCUUUAUGGAAAUGAUAGAAAAGGGAUUUCUGCCACAGAAGGUCACCUUCGAGACACUUUAUAGAGGCUUAAUACAAUCAAAUAUGCUGAGAACUUGGAGAAGGUUAAAAAAAAGGCUUGAUGAGGAAUCAAUAACUUUUGGUUCAGAAUUUGAAAAUUAUCACCUCAAGCCUUAUAGAAGGUAAUCUGAUGAAGUUCUGAAAGGGCGCUGAACAAUCUGAUGUCAAGCUAAAGUGUGAACUGAUAUUUUCUGAUUAAUGGAGAGCUAUUUAUAAUUGAUGGUGUAACAGACAUCAAGAACAAAAGUAAGAACCUUAGGCUAUAGUUCAGGCUGUAAGGGUGACGCCAGGCACAUUAAAUGAGACACUGUUCAUCCCAAAGGCAUCCUAUGUACCAACAACACAUGCACUUCCUCCUUACCACCAAUCUCAAGAAGGAGCAUUCUCCCAACCAAGUAGUGCAAUGAGUCAGGAUUGGAAGUUGUUCAAGCAAAUGAUGCUCCAAUGGCUUCUCUCACGACUUCCAUCGGAAAAUCUUUAAGGGCAAACGAGCAAAAUUUCUCAAGCCCUCAACUCUAGACCAAAAGGUUCUCUACCAAGUAAUACGGUGGCUAUAAUCCUUAAGAAUUUGGUUGAGGAGAAGGAUAAGAAAGCGAAGGAGUUGCAAGAUAACACUGUUGCAGUCCAUUUUACCCCACAAAAGCAAAAUAGGCAAGACGCUAAUGGCUAAAUGUAGGACGCAUAAUGAAGGAAAGAUGCAUGAAUUAACAAUGAAACUGGCUUUGCAGAAGUCUCACAAUGCUGAACACAAAAGUCAAUUUGAAGAUAGAAAACAUGAAUGAUGAACAAGAAAUGGGUGGCCCAAUGGUUGGUAUUGAUUCGAAAGAAAGGAAGAUCGAUCAUUCAACGUCCAUCAGAUGCUUCAAGUGCAGUUUUGAUUCCUAUCAAGCUCACAGGCCCUGAAAAUUACGGAGUGUGGAGUUAAUCAAUGAGAAUUGCAUUGACGGGGAAGAGAAAAAUUGGAUUUAUUACAGGAGCUUACAGUAGAUCUCUGUAUCGAGAUGAAUUACAUGAACAGUUGGAAACAUGUAAUGCAAUUGUAUUGUCAUGGUUGAUGAGUUCAGUCAGUGAAGAUCUUCUAAGUGGAAUAGUGUAUGCUACCAAUGCUUAUACAGUUUGGGCGGACUUGAAAGAAAAGUUCGACAAAGUCAAUCGAAUGAGAAUUUACCAGCUGCACAGGGAAAUCAACACACUCUCACAAGGUAGUGAUUCAGUUUCAACUUACUACACUAAAUUAAAGAAUUUGUGGAGGGAAUACCUUCCCCUAGUUGUGCAUGUCCAAAAUCCAAAGAAUAUGCAGAUCACCUAUCAGCUUAGACUAAUUCAGUUCCUUAGUGGUUUGAAUGAGUCGUAUGAACAUGCUAAGAGACAAAUUUUGCUAAAAGGUGUUACUCAUUCUAUUAAUCAAGCUUAUGCCAUGAUUAUAGAGGAUGAGCUUCAACAACAAACAGCUUCUGUAGCCAUUGUUAAUAAUGUACCGGAGCCAGUAGCUAUGAGUGUUAACAGAGGUAGCAAUCAUAAUCAGGAAGGUCAGAAUCAUAAAGGAAGAAGAUGUGAAUAUUGUCAGUAUACUGGACACACUAAGGAAAAUUGUUACAAAUUAAUUGGCUAUCCAGCAGAUUGGAAACACAGAAAGAAGUCUGGUUUCAAUAAUUCAAGGUCAAGUCCAAUGCAUCCUUCAUCUGGAAGACAUGGCUACAAUCAUUCUGGAGAAGCUAACAACAUAUCCAAAGAUAAUUAUGGAGAAGCUUCUUCUAGUCAUCAUGAAGUAAACAAUGCUUUUGUUGCCAGAGGACAUGCAUUUAUUGAUGGAGAAUACAAACAAAUAAUGGACAUGUUAGGGAAGGAUAAUAAGGACAUGAAGCAGGUCAACAUGAAAGGUAUGGCAAAUUGUUUUUCAACUAAUGUUGCCUCUCAUUGUUGGAUAGUAGACUCUAGUGUUUCUCAUCAUAUUACAACAAAUGAGCAUUUGUUGAAAAAUAGUAAAUGCACAACUAGUUCUCUCCAAGACAAGGUGAAUUUACCUACAGGUGAUAAGGCCUUUAUAUCACACAUAGGAGAAACAUGUUUUCUUAACAACGAAGUGAUUAAAGAUGUGUUGUGUGUAUCUGAGUUUAAGUUCAACUUGUUGUCUGUCUCACAACUAACCAGGGAACUAUCAUGUUUUGUUUCCUUUUACCCUAAAUUCUGUAUAUUUCAAGACCUUUACAGUGGCAGGGUGAAGGGGAUUGGUAAGGAAGAAGGGAGCAUGUACAUAUUCAGAAAUGAUUCUAUCAUGAAAGGAAAAUGUGAAUCUCAAAACAUCAGAAAAUUGCUGCAUGGGUAUCAUUGCAGGAUUGUGAAUUGUGGCAUAGAAGGCUUGGUCAUCCUUCAAUUCAAGCACUGCAAGGUUUAGACCUACUACAUAGCAAUAAAGACAUUGAUUUACUUACUAGUUGUUCAGUCUGUCCAUUAGCUAAGCAAACUAGAUUGUCAUUUCCUACCAGUGCAUCCAAAACUUCUAAAUGCUUUGAACUUGUAGACAUGGAUAUAUGGGGACCAUAUAAGGUUCCCACAUUUAAUAAGAAAUACUAGUUUCUUACAAUUGUUGAUGAUUGCAGCAGAUAUACUUGGGUGCAUUAAUUACAGCUUAAGUCUGAAACCAUUGUAGAAUAAAGAAUUUCUUUGUAUUGAUAAAGAAUCAGUUUGGGCACACCAUCAAGACAGUGAGGUCAAACAAUAGAAUAGAGUUUUUCAUCAAAGUAUCUGUCCUCACACACCACAACAAAAUGGUAUAGUGGAGAGGAAGCAUAGACACAUCUUGAAUGUAGCUAGGGCCAUCAAAUUUCAGUCUUGUAUGUCUCUUAGAUUCUGGGGAGUGUGUGUUCAAGCAAUUGUGUAUUUGAUUAACAGACUAUCCUCAUCAAUUCUUCAUAAUAAAAGUCCAUAAGAAAUAUUAUUCUCUAAACCUCCCAAUAUCAGCCUUUUGAGAGUUAUAGGUUGUCUUGGUCAUGCUUCUAUUGUUCCUAGAAAUAACAAGUUCUUAGAAA